UAAACAUUUCUCGCUCAAGUCCCUGUGGAAGUCGCGGGUGGUUUUAAGUGCUUGUAUUGUGCUUGUUUAUCAAUGCCACCAACUAUUUUUGUCGUAUAUGGUUGUCAUGGAUAAAUACAUAAUCAAAGGGAAGAGGAAGCAUGCAAGUGAAGAAAGGAACGGUGGAAGAAAGACUCUUAAAGACGAGAAUACGAGCGAAAAGGAAGAUAAAAGUAAUUCUUCUCAAAAAUUGUUGAACCCCAACAUAUCUGGGGAAAAAAUCAACGAAGUUAGUGUUUACGAAAAUGUUGACUUGAGUUUUCCCGGCAUAGAAUUGUCGUCUGUGAACUGGCAGACCAUCCGGAGAGAUAAUUUAGAUCUGCAGUACACAAUAUUGUUCAAGAAUAGUAUUGGGCAAUCCCUUAUUAAAAUAUUUGAAAAGGAAUUUGAGUAUUUUACAGGUAACUUAGCCAGAGUCAAGGUAUUUGGCAAGUGGUGUGACAUCCCAAGGAAACAGGUAACAUAUGGAGACCCAGGAUUGACAUACAAGUACAGUGGCAUAACAACGCCAGCAAAACCUUGGCCAAAAUCUCUGAAGGCAGUACGAGAUCUUGUGAACAGGGUUACAGGAUAUGAUUAUAAUUUCGUGCUUGUCAACAGAUACAAAGAUGGCAGUGAUAAAAUGGGAGAGCACAAAGAUGAUGAGAAGGAUUUGGAUCACAACACACCAAUUGCUUCGCUCAGCCUUGGGCAGUCUCGUGACUUUUACUUCCGUCACCAGGAUGCCAGGCCACCCAAAAGCAUGAAGAUAGAAAAAGUCAGUCUGCUUCUUGAACAUGGAAGUCUCCUGUUGAUGAAUCCACCAACAAAUAAUUUUUGGUAUCAUGCUCUGCCACCUCGAAAGUCUGCAGGAGGACUCCGCAUUAAUCUCACGUUUCGUAAGAUUUUUAAAAAGUGACAUGUUAAUGUGUAUGGGUAGCACAAGGUGUGUUUUCGAUUUGUCACAAGUCAUAAAUGAUCCUUAACUCUUUUGUAAAGAUUCUCUUAUGAUAUUCUUAAGUACUUUGUCAGCUUGUUUGCUAAUAUACUGAAACUAAUUGUAAUACAGGAAAUAAAAGGAUUUGGGUUAUUGUCUUUAUAAACCUUUGUAAGUUUAGGAAUGCAGGUGAAAAAAAAGAACAAAAACAAAUAUAUUAAACAUCAUUAAAUAUCAUAUCUUUUCCUAAUAUUUCAUUUUGUGCAGCUUUUGGAUUCAAAUAUAAUUGUUCAUAUCUUAUAAGGCUAUUGUAGUAUCUGUAUUCAUAUCAACAUAUUCUAUAACUCUCCCAAAAGAAAAGAUAAAUAAAAAACUUUCUUUAUAGGGUAAAUAUACAUCUAGAUACACAUGCAU